AUGGUAUCAGAGUGCUUUCAUCCUAGCUACUAUGCCGCCGUCGUCACUGGUGGAGCAGGUCAGGAAGAGGAUACCACUCCACCGCCAACUCAAUCGCCGAUCCACACGACUUUGUCGACGAUUCCGCAGGAAAAUCAUAUUCCACAAGUACAGAGGAGCUAUGGUGCUGAGGAUGUGGAGAAUCCGUACCUAUUUAGCACAAGUGAUAGCAAGAACCUCAUCCUUGUUAGUCCGCCAUUGGUUGGCAGCUCCAACUACGGCUCAUGGUGUAUUUCCAUGAGAAUCGCCUUAGAGGUGAAAAAUAAGUGGUGGAUCAUUGAUAGUAGCGUUGCAGCGCCUAACAGAGAGGAUAAUCGAUACGGACCUUGGAGACGAUGUAAUCUAAUGCUGUGUUCGUGGAUCUUCCGAUCUGUGCACCCUUCCAUUGCACAGAGUGUUAUGCGUCUAGAAAGUUCCAGGGAUGUUUGGAACGACUUGAAGAGACGUUUCGCGCAGUGUGAUGCUCAGCGUAUAUCAGGAUUACAAAACGAUAUCUACAGCUUGAAGCAGGGAUCUCAGUCCAUUAGCGAUUACUAUACGAAGUGCCGGACCAUGUGGGAGGAGAUGAACACUUUGAGGCCACUCCCGCUAUGCAUAUGCGAUCCAAGGUGUAGAUGCGAUCUAAUCGACGAGAUCAGGAAGGAGCGCGAAGUUGAUUAG